AAGACAAUGUGAAGAAACUACGAAAGUUGCGUUACUUAACAUUUUAGUAGAUGCUGAUUAUGAAGGCAUGAGUAAAAUACAGUACCAUAAGUAAGCUUAAAGUAGGAAGGGUAAUAAAAUGUUACGGAUUUAAAACGUUCUAAUGCGUUUUUAGAUUAUAUAUUGCCAGUUUAUUUAUGAUAUUUUCAUAAUUUUCAUAUGACACAAUUGAAAUUUGUCGGUGAGAAGUAGGAAAUUAACGUAAUAAAUAUUAAAAUUACAAGUCAGUAAUCACCUGUGUGUUCAUGUACGUGCUUGCUCGCCUAUUUAUUUUAACAGGUAUAUUCGUCCUUAGUGUUGGUGCUAACUGUUUUAUCAACCCUAAGUUUUCGAUGGAAGUCUCCCUACGUUUUAAAUACCGUCUGAGAUUUCCAGUCUGACGGUUGAUGUGAAUAUUAGCUGCGGUAAUUAGAGCACGCAGAUCUGAGUCUGAACUUCAAUAGUAAAAUCUUUUUCGACUCCCAUAAUUCUGUAGUAGAUGCGAAAUAUAUGUAGCGAACGCAAAAGAUACAAAAAAUAGGUACUACAGUAUUAAAUGCGGUAGUCGGUGUGAUUGCAGCAGGCAAAAUAGCGGAGUCUAGACUCCCUGCGUCUGAGCUGAGAUGAAAUUCUAAUAUAGUAAUAAAAUCCUCUGGUUAGCGGAAAUUCAUGAGUAUUUAAGUAAGUAUGGGCAACAAUAAUGUUCUUCGGGAUUUUUAUAUGUACCACUCUAACAGUACAGUAACUUGAAAAUAAGAAGGUAGUUGUUCAUUUGUAUUGGUCUGAUGAUCCUGCGGAUUGGUACGCUUUCGUCCACCGUGCUUAAGAGAUUUAUUGAUAUUGAACCGAAAAUUUUUGCGAUUAAAACUACUGAAAAGAGUAGCUGGUUAUCCGCAAAAAUCUUAGUACGUCUAUUUUCAGAAGCAGCAUAAUUGAAGGACAGACGCUUAUGGAACUGUCGUUAAGCCCACAGUCAACGAAAACUUCAUACGAUCGAAUGAUCGAUGAGUAAAAAUCUUUAUUUUUUUGAAAAUAUUUGCUUUAAAAAACACUUAUUCACACAUAACAUAUUGAUAAUAACUGAACUUUUUGAUGUAUGGCCAAGUUUUUUCUGUGAUUAUAUGCGAACAUUAUUUUAAAAAAGUGUUUUUCUUGCAGUUAAACCCCAUAUCCACUGUAGAUGUUUAAGUGGAUUUAAAUCAGUCAAUCAACAUCACACCUGUGGUCCGAUAAUUGACAUUUAACACAUUUCUAAUGGGAGUUCCUGGCUUAUGGCGUUUGUUAGAGCCGGCACGAGAGCCUAUAGAAUUACAACAGCUAUCUGGAAAAAUUGUAGCAAUCGAUAUGAACAUCUGGUUGCAUCAAGCUGUGAAAUCUCGAGGCGCAGCAGGUGGUCCUCGUAACUAUUUAGCUAUAUUUUUUCGUCGUUUAUGCAAAUUACUUUUUUUUGGAAUCAAGCCAGUAUUUGUAUUCGAUGGUGAAACCCCAGCACUGAAACGAUCAACUAUUAAUUCAAGACGUCAGUUGCGUAACCUAUCCGAAGCAAAAGCAGAAAAGGCCCAAAAACAUCUUCUUCGUCGACUUUUACGUCGUGUUGCUGAAUCCUCUGUAAAAUCACUGUCAACAUCACCGGAUAAAGCAGAAUGUUUUGAAGAUACUGCGAAACAUGAAUUAUUAAGACGAUUGAGACAACAGUCAGAUUCUUAUCAAGCUAAAGAAGAUGCUAAGAUGUUCUCAGCUCCAAGUCAAGACUCAACUUCUACAGCCUGUAAUAAUGAUAAUAAUCGUAUGUUGAGUGAAAAGGCCGGUUUAGAAUAUGAUGAGCUGGCGCGUGAUUAUCUGGAUGCUUUUUAUUCAUCGGAUCAAAAAUUUUCUGGGGUUGAUCUCGACUCAGAUGCAUUCCGUGCACUUCCUUUACCAGCUCAAUUACGUGUUGUUCAGAUGUUGAGAGAAACAUUAGACUCUAGUUCAUGCCGUGACAAUUUAGUACAAGUUAAUGAUGAAGCACAAUUUAACCCAGAACAGUUUUCAGAUGUUCAAAUGAAACGUUUACUUUUACGUCGUCGUUUAGCAGAACGUCAACAAGAGUUAUCUAAUAAUCUAACUAAACAAGAAGCUGUUCAACAAAUUCUUCAAUUAAACAAUUCUAUGAUAAAAAAUAUUUUAAAGAAUCAGUCGUUAUUUUCAACUUUACCGUUUUCUAAUAUGACACAGUCAACUACUACUUCAGAGACUACUGAGACCAUAGCUACAGCUAUGCGUAUUCAGUCACAAGAUGUAGGACAUGCUAUUAUCAUAAAAAAAUCUCCAGUGAAUCAGUUGGACGAACGAACUAAAUUGCCUUCAUCUACAACGUUGAAUCUUGAAAAGUUAAUUACAUAUAAUACUGAGAACUUAAAUGUGUCGGAUGAAUGCAAAAAAGUGGGAAUUUUAAAAGGGGACCAGAACAAAGAAAUACCUAAUGACGGCUUUAUGAGUGAAAACCCUUGUUCAACACAAGAGACAAAUAUUUCUACAAAUGAAAAUAGUGUAUAUAACUCUGAAUGUACACCAAUCAAACUAGUGAAUAUUGAAGAAUAUUCAGAUGAACAUCAAGUGUCUAUCACAUCACAUGUGACUGACAAUAAAAGCCAAUUUAAUGAUAAUUGCGAAAAUGACAAUAAACCACUUAUCAACGAUUCUUUAAAUGAUGAUAUGUCCAAUGAAAUUCUUCCAGAAAGUUCAUCUACUAUUUCCAAGUUUGAUAAGUCAUCGGAUUUUAUUGAAUUAUCUAUUCCAGAACAUUUAAAUGACCUUAUUGAAGUCAGAAAAGAUGAAAUUACUGCUGAACUUAAUGUAUUGUCUUCCGAUAUACAUGAAUCAGAAUCCUUACAAGUACUUCAUCAGGAUAAAUAUGAUGAGAUCAAAAGUAGCAGUGAUGAUAACGAUGAUGAUGAUGAUUUUAUUGAAGUUGAAACUCACGAACAAGUUGAAAUUUUGAAUACAUCUACUGACUCUAACUUAUCACAAGAAUAUUCUGUCGAUGAAAACAAUGCUCAAAACGAGGAUAAAAUAAAUUCUGUCGUCAGCGAAGAAGAAUUAGUCAGUAAUGAAGUUACCUAUGAAACUAAUCAACAGGAAACUGCAUUAUCAUCUGAAUUACCCGACGAUGACUAUACCAUUGAUGAUAAUGUAUUGAGAGAAAAAGCUGAUCGUUUGACACGUCAAGCUCAGUCGACAACUACGCGUUGUAUUUCAGAAGCCCAGGAUCUACUCCAUUUGUUCGGAUUUCCAUUUGUAGUUAGUCCGGAAGAAGCAGAAGCUCAGUGUGUAGCUUUACAACGCCAUGGUCUAGUCGAUUUGGUUGCAAGUGAUGAUUCAGAUGUAUGGCCAUUCGGUGUUAAACUUGUAUGUCGUCAUUUGUUUGGUACUGGUGGAGGUGAUAAUCUAAAAAGUACAACAAAUCCAUCCAUUUAUAAACUGGAUGAAGUAAAACGUAAAUUAGGCCUUACUAUAGAGAAUAUUCUCCGUUUGACGCUUCUCUGCGGUAGCGAUUAUACACAUGGGAUUGAUCAAGUUGGUCCAGUUACAGCUAUUGAAAUAUUAAGUGAAUUUGAUGUUGGUGAUGAUGAUUUAUUAAAUUGUGAAAUUAACAACUGGCUUCAUGGUGUUGUUGAUGAACCUUCAGAAAAAUUACUUCAUGAUAUAUUACAACCACUAGAACAAUUCACACACUGGUGGCAAACUACUCGUUCACAAAAUUCUUCACAAUCAAUGAAAAUACUUAGAAUAGCUGAAUCAAAUCCAAUUAGACGUCGUUGGAUAAAUUUGAAACCAUAUCCAGGGUUUCCAGAUAGUCGUAUCGCACGUGCUUACCUGUACCCAAAUGUCAAAACCGAUUUGCCGCCGUUUCAAUGGGAACCACCGAAUGUAUCGCUUCUUGUCAAAUAUCCUUUUUUUGAAGAAAAGAAAAAGUCGCAUAACUAGUUAAGAACUAGAAAAUGUUCCAACUUGUUUAUAGAAUAUCAACUAUAUUAGCGGCUGACUUUAACAUGAGUACAUUACGACAAUAAAUUGUUGUAAUUUUUUCUGAGCUGGACGGUUUGGUCAUGGAGCUCUCAUUGUUCUCUUGAACAACAUCAUCAACAGAAACUUCACAUUUGCCUGAAUUUUGUGUUGAUGAUGUUCGGGAGAACAAUGAGAGCUGCACGAUCAAACCGUCCAGCUUAGAGAACGAAACUCCACUUGAGUUACAAAUUUUCUGCACCAUCUCGAAUUGUUGUAGUCUUUAAUAUCCAAAAAUCAACAUCGUUAAAUGAUUUCCUCUAGUACUAUCUAUUCUUUCAUCAAUAGUCAAGUCUAUUUCGUCAACAUGAAAUUGUGUAUGUAUGUAGUUAAAUAAAGGUAGAUUUAUUACGAUAGCGAAUAAAAAACCUACCUAUCCUCUUCAUUCAGCGUUAAUCACUGAUUUUAUAGCCUUUAAUAUUUAUUAAUGCUUAAUAUGUUUUUUGUAAAGAACAGUUUAUGAAAGUCGCUUUGUUAAAUGCAACUGUUUAUCAAGUACUUGCCGUUGAUUUGCAAACUUUAUGAAUCAUUAAAGCUGAGUUAUAGGCAAUGGGAAUUAGAGCUAUUCUUAGUGACGUAAAUAAUUAUUGCAACUGGAAAAAUGCUCUUUUUGUAGUCUUGGUAUCAUACUUGUGUAAAGACCACACAUAUUAUUCAAUUGCUUAAGCGAGCUGAAAUUUAGCUGUUAGAUCGACUGAGAUAUUCUAGGUAUAGCUUAGGAAUUAGAUGUAUUCUAAUUUGACUGGUGUUGAUGGCUAAUCAUCCCCGUUUAGAAAAGAGGAACCGGUUUGACUAAUAUGCUGUCUAAAAUUUUACUCAAUGAUCAUUCAGUGCUCAACUAGGACUUGUGGACAGUAAAUCCGGGAAAACUAGACUGGUUCCCGACCUGGACGUGGAUAUACCGACCAAAUAUUGAACCAAUGUACAUAUAUACUAAAUUCUAAGGUGUUUGUGACGAGGGUUUAAACUCCUUACUGAUUUAAACAUUUAUGCCUAGAUCGUCAGGCGAAACUACCUCCUCCAGGAAUGUUUGUAGUAAAAUGAAAUAAUUCAAUGCUUCUAAGUAGACAAAUUAAACAAGUUUAAUUCACAAUUUCAAACAAGUCAACGUUCAUUAUGAAUGAAUAGAAGUUUGUGUUACUAUUAUUCCUUAGUUUUUCUCUUACACACAUGUGAAUACCGUAUUGGGAUGGAAUACUGAGAAAACUGAAGCUUUAUUGGCUUCUGUACUCAAACGUAGACAAAAUGUGGAGCUUGGUAAUCCUAGAGGAAUUCUUUCGUCUAAAUCGCUCAUAACAAACUUCUUUCAGAUUGAGAAUCAAAAGCUUUGCCAAAAAUCAAAAAUUGCCUCUCAUCACGUUGAUUCAUCAGAGUUGGAUGAAGUAACGGUACCGAGUAAGCGCGUUCGUCACGCAGCCAGUCGCUUGCGAAAUCAAAGAACAGCAGAUCAAUCUCUUAAAGCUCCCAACUCUUCACAGCAUACAACACCAGUGAAAGAUGAAAAUAGCCUACUUUCUGAAUUACCUAAACUACGUCAGCCUCGACGCAGGCAAUCUGUGAAAAAACCUCCGAAUGAAACGAAGACUUUGCCGGAGAAAAAACGCAAGGAGAAAGCUCAGAUUAAACCUCAACGUCGUGUAGUAGAACGUGUAUGUUUAUCUGAAGAAGAUGAAGACUGAAGCAUUGUCAAUGCUCCUCCACAUUGUACAGACUAGACUUUCUUAGUUAAAAUUGUUUUGAAUUUCUUUUUUUUUAAUACUUCAACCCGCUUUUUUUUGAAUUAUUCAAUUGGUUCAGGGAGAGGUUUGACCUUAUUUUACAGAGAAAUAAAAAUACAGUUUUUUUAGCAACA